AUGAACUUGGCCCAGUCGAAGCUACUACCUUUCACCAACGUAUAUAGCGCGUGCAAUGGAGAGUACCGGGAGAAUCAACAAAUUGACAAAAAGUAUGUCGCUGACAACCGAACCACACACAAGAUUAUUUCUCAUUCGCGAGGGUUGAAUAUUAUCGUUGAUAAAGAAGCCGAUGAUUUUGACAAGGUAGUUGUGCAAAAGGGGAGAACUGUCCCGCCUGACGAAAUUUUAGAGAUGUUGAAAACUGGUUUACUAAAGAUCCCAAUUGUUGAUCCCAAGGACAAAGACGGGAAUAGUCUACUACCUUGUUCGGAUUUGUUGAAGAAUAUUCAUUACUUUGUUUCUAGAAAAUAUUUAAAGGAUAUAGAUGUUGAGCCUGAAAGAAGCAAAUAUGUCGAGUGUAUGAACGAGACAUCGCUACUAGCAAUGGGCAUGUUGGUAGAGAGUUGGGUUGAUGAAUUGGUAACUGAAGAUGUCUGCAAAAUGUUUUUACAAGAGGUGGUAGAGAAAAAGAGCUUUGCGCAGGAGAUAGAGGAAGACGAAAUUGGCGAUGAAGGAACACCAGAUGAAAAUGGCGAUGAGGGAACACUAGAUGAAAAUGGCGAUGAAGGAACACCAGAUGAAAAUGGCGAUGGAGGAACACUAGAUGAAAAUGGCGAUGGAGGAACACUAGAUGAAAAUGACGAGGUUCAAAUGUCUGAAUAA